CUGAGUACUACUCUCGUGGUGCGCAACGAGCAGCUCGUUCGCCAUGAUUCUACACAUGACGGCUCUCUUGUUCUGGUACGCGUGCUUGAUGCCGCUCUUGCUCGUCGUACGAGCACAGCAACCCGAACACUCUGUCACCGCUUUUCAGAAUCUACCCAGCAGGCUGUUCUUCUUCGACGAUACUACGACUGCAAUAUAUCAUGAUGCAGUGAAUGGCGAUGUCUUUGUGUCUCCGGACGAGGGUAAGACAUGGAACAAAGCCAAUGGUAUACCCGAGGGACAAGCCUCGAUGGUCAUUGAGCAUCCCUUCGACAACAGCUACGCAUUCGUACUGACUAGAGGCACAACACACUAUCGAACGGAGGACCGAGGCAGAACAUGGCGUCGGUUUGAGAUGCCAAUACAACCAGCCCUCGUCGGAAAACCUCUGUCGUUCCACUCCGAUCCCAAAAAGUACGGAUACAUAUUGUACCAAGGAACGAGCUGUGAACGGAGUACAGGCUGGGGAUCAAUCUGUCAUGAUGAAACAUACUAUACCAAGGAAGCCUUUAGCGACGAGCCUCAGCUACUUCUUGCCGAGACAUCACGUUGCCAGUUCGCUCACAGCAGCAAGGACUUCAAGCACGAUGCACAUCCUGACCUGAUUUACUGUGUGGCAUUUGAUACGACCACUACCUCGGGCGCGCAUGCGCUCUCCUCCAGCCGACUAUUCUCCUCUACCGAUUUCUUCAAGAAUGAGAACAAGAUCGAGGACCUCGGCAUCGGCAAGAACGCGAAGGGUGUUAUGGCGUUCGCGAUUGUAUCGAAGUUCGCCGUGGUCGCUCUGAGAGACCUCUCGCCUGGGAACAAUGGCGAGAUGCUGCUGUACGUCUCCGUAGAUACCAAGACCUGGGCAAAAGCCCGCUUCCCGCAUGCGUCGUCUGCUCGUCUGAGGGAGAAUGGGUACACGAUCGUCGAGUCGACGACACACUCGCUUGCUGUGGACGUCAUGCUCCAGGAUCAAACGACUAUCGGUACGCUGUUCGUGAGCAACUCGAACGGGACGUUCUUCGUGGAGAGUCUGAAGGAUACAAACCGGAAUGAAAUGGGGUACGUCGACUUCGAAGACCUCUACGGGAUCGAGGGCGUCGGGAUGGCGAAUGUGGUGGCGAAUGCAGAGGAAGUGGAGGGACGCGGGGCGACGAAGCAGUUACAGACAAAGAUAACGUUUGACGAUGGCCGUUCCUGGUCCCGCUUGACGCCACCAUCGGAGGACAGCGAAGGACGGGGUAUCUGGUGUAACCCUAAUAAUGCCGAUUGUUCACUGCACCUGCACUCUGUGACUGUCCCGCACAACUUCGGACGUGUCUUCUCCUCGCCAGCGCCAGGUUUCGUUAUGGGCGUUGGCUCGAUCGGCGCGUAUCUGAAACCGUACGAUGAGUGCGAUACUUUCCUGAGCACAGAUGCGGGAGUGACAUGGACCAUGGUGCGUAUGGGUGCGCACAAAUAUGAGUUUGGCGACCAGGGGAGCAUCAUGGUGGUCGUAGACGAUGAAGAUGCGACGGACAGCGUAAGCUAUUCGAGCGAUCUGGGCCGUACAUGGCGCACGCUCAACUUCGGUGUCAAACUUCGCGCACGUAUACUGACAACGGUGCCCGAUUCGACUUCGCAAAAGUUCAUGCUCGUAGGGCAAGUGGCGAAGGAUGAUGCUCAAAGCAACCAGGGUCGCUAUGCUGUGGUAUUCUUGGACUUCCUGCCUAUGCGGUCGAGGAAGUGCGGCGAGGACGACUAUGAGAGAUGGUAUGCACGUUCGCUGACGCAUGAGUGCCUGAUGGGACACAAGCAAUGGUACAAGCGUCGCAAGCCAGAUGCAGACUGCUAUGUCGGCGAGAAGUUUGCAGACCCAGUUGAACACGAGGAAGACUGUCCGUGCACGGAUGAGGAUUACGAAUGCGAUUACAAUUUCGUGCGCGAAGGAAAUGUGUGCGUGCCUGUUGGGCCGGAGCCCAUACCUGCAGGCGUAUGCCCUCCAGAUCAGCAAGAUCAGACCUACAGAGGUUCCUCUGGCUACCGGUUGAUUCCCGGCAAUACGUGUGAUAGAAGUAGAGGAGUACGAAAGGACGAUCCUGUGGAAAAGCCGUGCUCGAAUGCUCAGCCAGCGGAGGGCCAGAUCAUACACCAGACGUUCGAAUUCCAGGCCCCUGUCGUGCAAUUUGCAUACUUCAAGGAUUCCACUACGAUCCUCGUUCGCUUGUCUGACAACACGAUCUGGCAAUCCAGCAACGAGGGAUACACGUGGCGACAGAUUGUCCCAGAGGAACGCUUCGUUGCUUUCUACCAUCACAAGUUCACCAAUGAUCGCGCCUACUUGAUCACCCCUACAAAUCGUCACUAUUACACCACUGACACCGGACGGACGUGGAAAACGAUGAACGUUCCCAAUCCGCCGAACAACUUUGGCCUGCCGAUUCUGCAUUUCCACCCGACCAAGUCGGACUACCUGAUCUGGACGGGCAGUGAGGGAUGCUCAGGCUUCGGAGAGAACUGUCACGUGGAGGCGUCCUAUUCACGCAACAAUGGAGAGAAGUGGACGUUGAUCGAGAAGUAUGUACGGAAUUGCGCGUGGGCGAGAGAUGCGGAACUGCUGGUAGACCCUAACCAGAUAAUCUGCGAGGUGUAUAAGAACAAAGAGGGAUCGCAGCGGUUCUUCUCCAUGGAGAACCCGUUGCAACUGAUUGGCGGGACGGGGUUCUUUAGUGAGCAAACAAAGCUCUUCGACCAUGUGGUCGGCUUUGCGAAGUUCAGCGAGUUUUUGAUUGUUGCGGAGUACCAAACGCAGAAGCAGGCCCUCGACUUGCAAGUUUCAUUGGAUGGUAGAAAGUUCGCCAGCGGAUUAUUCCCUCCCAACAUGAGGCCUGAUCAGCAUGCCUAUACGAUCCUUGAAUCCAGCACAAAGGCAGUCUUCCUUCACGUAACGACGUCUGAGCUCCCUGGGCUAUACUGGGGUCACAUUCUCAAGUCGAAUUCGAACGGUACAUACUACGGUCUUUCCAUCGAGAAUGUCAAUCGCAACGAGGCUGGAUACGUGGAUUUCGAGAAGAUGAUCGGACUUGACGGCAUCGCUCUCAUCAACGUGGUGUCGAACCCCCAAGAAGCGAUCAUAUCGGGUCGCAAGAAGCUGCAAACUCGCAUUACACAUAAUGACGGUGGGACAUGGAAGCGUCUCGUUCCUCCUCCUACCGACUCGUUGAAUCACGACUACGAGUGCGACAGUGCCAGCUGCGCCCUGCACAUCCAUGGAUACACCGAGCGCUAUGAUGCGCGUGCUACUUACAGCACGCCCUCCGUCCCUGGUCUGCUCAUGGCUGUUGGCAAUGUGGGCACGUCGCUCGCUGAGUACACAGAAAGCGACACGUUCCUUAGCCGUGAUGCGGGACACACAUGGGAGGAAGUGCACAAGGAUGCCCAUCUUUGGGAAUUCGGAGACUCCGGUUCCAUACUCAUCAUGGCGAAUGACGAAGAGCCGACGGAUCAUGUUCUGUUCAGUACGGAUGAGGGUCUAAACUGGCGCGAGUACCGGUUCACCGACGAAAAGAUCCGAGUGAAGGAAAUUGUCACCGUGCCGUCGGACACCAGCAGAAGGUUCAUCCUGAUGGGAUAUUACCCUCGUUCACCCGUCGUGCAUGUCGCUGUCCACAUCGACUUCUCAUCACUCACACGCAAGCAAUGUGUGCUGAGUAUCGAAAAUCCUGGCAAUGACGACUUUGAGCUAUGGAGUCCCAGUGAACAGCGUAACGAGUUAUGUCUGUUCGGCAGGCAGACUCUCUAUCAUCGCCGCGUCCGUGAUGCAAAUUGCGUAGUUGGCAACCAGCCUAAAGCUACGGAGAAAGUUGUGAAGAAUUGCGAAUGCGACAACAGUGAUUUCGAGUGCGAAUUCAACUAUUACAGGGACGAGAGCGGCGUGUGCGUUCUCGUGCCGGGCACACAGCCAUUACCUGAUGACGACUCAUGCCGGAACGGAGAGGACCAUUGGUAUGAACGGACUGAAUAUCGCAAGAUUCCGUAUUCGACGUGCGACGGCGGAAAACGUCUAGAUCGGGGCGACAAACAUCUUUGCCCCGGCAUCAAAGGCCAUAGCGGCUGGUUCUGGUUCACAGUAUUGAUGGUUCCCUUCGCAUUUGCCGGUCUCUUUGGAUGGUGGUUCUACCGCAAGCAUGGUCUGGCAAGAGGGACGAUUCGACUACCUGGAGGAGAAAGUGGUCCGAGAUAUGUCAGCAAUUCAAGCGCACUCGACACGCUCGCAUCCGUGCCGUGGUAUCUUAUGGGACUUGCAGGCAUCGCGUGGGGAGCGAUUAUAUCCAGGUUCGGAGACAUGACCGCAGGAAUGCGGAACCGUAGUGGAUACCGAUCAGUACCCGUCGAUGAAGACGCGCAGAUAUUGCGAUUCGAGGACGAGGAGUAGAUUUUAUUGCCGUGUUGUGAUUGUACGUCUAUUCUUGUGCACACAGAACGUAUGUAUCGUUGCAGUUGCUUUCAGCCUAUAGUUAUAUGUGUAUUCAAUAUCUAUGGACCUUUGGAUGUUCACGUACUGUCACCUGGCUGCAAGCCAAUGCACUCACAAUAAUCGCCGCCAUCUGUUACUUGAGGAGAAACCAUGCGGUAUAUUUUAUUGACGAGUAUAGUUGAUACAGACAGCAAUUAAUGACAAGGUUCGAC